ACCGCCACCGCCAAACGUUCCCGGCCGCUCCAGAUUCUUCCUUCCGAUUCUCUUCAUAAACAAAACUCGUACUCCUCUCCGACCUAUCAACGGUCAAUCCAGUUUUCAGCUAGUAGCAAGAGGACAAUGUUUAAGAAAGCAGUGGAAGCGAAAUCGCAUCAGAGGCUAUCCGGCGCUGACCGGAAGAAGCUCAAACGAACCCUCAGAGACAAGUUCCCGCGGGCUUCUGAUGCCGAUAUGGACGUCUUAUUCCCUCCCAAGGUAGAGAUAGCAGUUGCGAAGUUUCAAAAUCGGGUCCUGGUUUAUAGUGUCGAAGGUGAUUUCCCUAUGUUUUUCGACAUCGAUGGCAGGGGUACUGAGCUCUAUCCUACAGUUUUUGCACUCUGGAGAGUACCUGAACUCUUGCCUUCUUUUCUGUUGAAGGGAGGUGAGGUUUCUCGAUACAUGCUUGGAGGGGCUGAUUUAAUGUUCCCUGGCAUUAGUGUACCUGCUGAAGGCCUACCUUCUUUUAGAGUUGGUGAAGUAUGGUCUGUGAAAGUUCCUGGGAAUCCUGCACCUAUUGCUGUUGGGUCAACUACUAUGAGCAGUGCUGAAGCAAUGAAAGCUGGUUUGCGAGGGAAGGCUUUAAGAAUAACACACUAUUAUAGGGACUCACUUUGGGAGUCCGUGGACGGCCAUUUUGUGCCCAAUGCAGGUUUCUUGGAUGAUAUUGUGGUUGAGGAUCCAGCUGCCUCGGUAGUGCCCCAAGAUUCUGAUUCAACUGAAGGUCUUGAUAAUCAUCCUGCUAUUGAUGAAAAGGAUGGCAAUAGAACUGACAAUGUUGGGGAAUUGGCUGAAGGAAAUGCCACGCUGGAUCCAAAUCCUUCAUCAUCGACUGAAGCUUCCAACAGUCAAGUCGAACAACUAAAUGUAGAUGUCAGUAACUUAAUUGUUUCAGAUAAUGGUGGUGAUGGAUCAGCUGCCGAGGAACAACAACAUACCUUAUCCGCUGAGGAAGUGGAUAAUUUGUUGGACAAGUGUCUUCUGCAAGCGCUCCAUACGACUGUUAAAGACAAGGAUCUACCAAUGCCUGGAAGCACUUUAUGGUCAAACCAUGUUUUGCCUUGCAGACCUUCUGGUAUCACACUGGAUAUCAAGAAAUCAACCCACAAGAAGUUAUCGAAGUGGUUGCUAGCUAAGUCUUCUGAGAAAUUGAUUACAGUGAAGGAAGAUAAACACAAGAAGGAAACAGUUUUAGUUUCUGUCAACCGAAAUCACCCUGAGUACACAUCCUUCAGGCCGGAAAAGAAGCAGGAACAGAAAACCGAACAACACCCUGGGGAACCAGCAAGCAGUGGAGGCGGCCAGUCACAGAAGACGCUUGAAGUGGUGGAGAUAUAUAAAUCGAGUUCUCAUGUGAACCCGAUUUUCUCUGCUGUUGGAGCUGAUACAGGGAAGCUCUACAGCGCUUCAGAAGCCUCUGAUGUCGUCUUCCAGUACGUCGAGAAAGAAAAUCUGGUGAAGCCAACAGACAAAUCAACCGUGGUCUUGGAUCCAGCAUUAUGCGAUGCUCUGUUCAAGGGUGCCAUCAAGAAAGGAUCGACAUAUCCCACUGUGAUUCACAAGAAAGAUCUGGGAUCGACGUUUGUUGGCAGGAUGCAGCCGCACCAUAUGGUGAUUAGAGGGGGCGAGUCCGUGGUUCGCAAAGGCGCCCUGAAAACCGUACAGAUAGUGACAGAGCGGCGGUCAGGUAACAAGAAGGUGACAAAGCUCUCGGGUGUGGAAUCAUUCUUGAUCGAUGCGGAUACUCUAGCAUCCGAACUACAGAAGAAGUUUGCUUGCAGUACAUCAGUUGGGGAGCUCCCAGGGAAGAAAGGGCUUGAAGUUCUAAUCCAAGGUGGUAAAAUUGAUGACGUGGCGCGGCUUCUGGUUGAGCACUAUGCCAUUCCAAAGAGAUACAUUGAGGUUCUGGAUAAAACCAGGAAAUGAGACUAUAAAUACAUUUGGUCAUGGUAAGUUUUAACGUAGUGCGACUUCACUUGUUCCAUUAUUUAUCUCUCUUUGUUUAAGGCGAGUUCCCUGGGAGUUACGAUAUCCGUGGAUGGAAAGGCUGCCGUCGAACACCAUUGUUCAUUUGGUAGCUGUUGGGUUCUAAUUUUUGCUUGAUGUUGUGAUGAAGUUUGUAGUUAGUCGUUCAUCAAACUGCUCCCUCCCGUUCUUUUAUCCCCCCUUGUGAGAAACAGAGUUGCCUGAGCUGCCGUUGGGCUUACAGUGCGUCGUUAUAAGUCUUUGGGGCCAUACUUCCAUUUGGCUUGCAUUUGACACUUUAGAAUUAUAUUUUUGAAAUUUUGCGACGAAA